UCCACGAAAACUGUCACCACACAAAAACUGCAACAGAAUUCAGUUCCAAAACCUAAGGCACCACGCCCUCUCCAAGCUCCGAUAUUUCUAGCGGAUAGUUUUCCUGGGCCAGUGUGCGGCGGACAUCAGAUUAGAAAGACUUCGAAAUCGACACCCACAAAGUCCACUCAUCCGUGCUCGUAUCCCUCUACAGCAGUCACCUUCAUUACCCGCCUUUCACUCCUCACCGCACACUCUUCCGCACCGAUAACCUCGCCACGCGCUCGUGCCGCCAUGAUCUCGGCUCACGAGCUCAAGGAGGUCGACUCACUGGAGCGGCAAUUAAAGCCCAUCGCCGGUAAACGCGGCGGAGGUCCCGAGACGUGCGCCAAGUACCUACGUGAGGUGCGGCGGCUGCGGCUGCGGCGGCCGUUUCAAGUGGCGGAGUAUGGCAUGGCGCUGAUCAACAGCACGGAGGAGAGGGGGAAGCUGGGGGAUGAAGUGUGGGAUGUGAUGGAGCAGGUGGCCAUCGCCGCCAUGGACUGCCAUCAGCUCAGCAUCGCCAAGGAGUGCAUCGGGGCUCUCAUGAUUGCAUUCCCCAACAGCACGCGCGUGGGUCGGUUGGAGGGCAUGUGGCUGGAGGCCAAGGGGUGGUGGGACCAGGCUGACAAGGUUUACAGUGAGCUACUGGAGAACAACCCACAGGACCAGCCAGUGUUGAAGCGCCAAGUGGCGGUGCUCAAAGGCAAGGGCAACACCGUGGGGGCCAUUGCUGCUUUGAAGAAGUACCUUGAAACCUACAUGGCGGACUACGAGGCAUGGAAGGAGCUGGGAGACCUCUACGUCAGCCUUCACAUGUUCAAGCAAGCAGCAUUUUGCUAUGAGGAGCUGUUGCUGUCUGCCCCUGUCAACCCCAUCUACCACGUCACUUAUGCGGAGAUCCUCUAUUCUAUAGGCGGGGCAGAGAACUACCGACAGGCCAUGUCGCACUACUCUGCUGCGAUAGAGUACAGUGGAGGCACCAACCUGAGAGCGCUCUAUGGCACCUGCAUGACAUCAGCAGCGUUGCGCAGUGCAGGCAAGCCAUCCCGAGGGGCGGCAGCAGUGGAGAGUGAACCGGAGGGGUUGGUGGAGACAGCAGCAGAGGCGAUAAAGCAGGAGUACCGCUUCAAGCGCCAUGAGCUGCUCAAACCUGUAGUGGAGCCCACUCUAGCGAAGCUUGUAUCAUGAUAUGUCGUAUAAGAUCACGAUCUAUCAAUAUAGAGGGGCAGCAUUGAAAUCGGAGGGGUGAGUAGUUGAGAGUGGUGGAAGCUGUAUGCUUACACUCCAGCAUUUUAUGCGUAAAAUUGUGGAGACUCAAUUUAGCACGCCUAAGGUAUUUUGCCUCAUGCCAUGGGUGAUAUCACCACCAGUAGGCAAAUUCCCAACAUGCUAGGCAUUUCUUCAAAUGAAAGAUGGUUCUGCCAGGGCCUACUUUUGGAUUUUUACUACUCUGAUAUUGGGGAGUGGCAUUUUGCACUACUAUGA